CUCUCUCUCUCUCUCUCUCUCUCUAGCUGGCUUACAAAGUAAAAGGAAAGCCAUACGACAGAUCAUUCCAGCCAGAAGAUUCAUUUACAAUGAGAGAGGUAGCGGGAGCCUCUUCGAGCUUUGUACUUGAUGAUCUGGAGCCAGCUACACUCUAUGAGGUCUACGUUGUAGCGUCCACAAGCAAAGGGAAGGGAGAGUCUAGUCAGCAUGUUGAAGGAUUCACGGAACCUCCUGCAGCUGACGAGCUUCCAAAGCCCAACCCACCAGUGAUAGUGUCUUCCCCUGACGGUUCGUCUACCAUUCAGUUUAGCGAUGUGCUUGAAUCUCCAUAUAUAACGCACAUACUUGUUGCUGUUGAAGAGAGACGUCCGUUAGCAAGGCGCCGACGUCAACAGGCAGCGUAUGGAUCCUAUGCCGAGAAUCCCUCCUCAUACAUAGCAGCUAACAUCAGCAAAGAUGAUCUUCCGAUAGAGCUAACUAUAGGGGAUAAUGAGACCUAUGGAAAUUACCACAAUGCACCCCUCAGAGACAAGGCGAUAUAUGAUGUACGAACAGGUGUUGAGAGCAAUGUUGGAGGACAGAAAUCCACUCUGUUCGGAGAUUCGUCUGAAGUACAAACAGGUAGGAUGGCCUAUUUUAUGAGAGUCUUGCAGUUGAAAUCGCUUUUGCUUUUGAAUGGAAAUUCUGGAGUUCCUUCAGGUUUCAUAGCAACUGUCGUAGGAGGCGCUGUUGGUGCUUUUUUUGUGAUUGUUAUCGUUAUAAUUCUCAUCAUCAUCUUUUACAAGCGAAGAAGCAAUGAAUCAGCCCCUGCUAAGUCUAAAGGGAAGGAGUCCGAUUCGUCUCCGCAGUAUGAGAACCCUGUAUUUGAUCCGUCAAAGACAGACGCCCACACCUAUCAAGACCUGCACACUGACAGCCACACCUACCAAGGUGUUAAUACCGAUGAGCAGAGCUACCAGAAUCUUGCUGACCCUCAUACCUACCAAGAUCUCAAGAAACCUGAUCAAGAAGCUAUAUACGAAGAUGUAACUGACGCCAUGAACAGAGACUAUGUCAACGUAGUGAAGAAGAAUUGAAUACACGAGAUGAAGAAAGUCCAUUAAGAUGAUUUUGAGUUAUCAAAAAAAUAGUUUUUAUAAUUUUAAGGGGAAAUAUAUUACAAAUAUAUGUCUAUGUCUUUAUAAUUUCCGGAAGAUGAAACCAUGCUUCAUCACUUAUCGUAAAAUAUCAAAUUUAAUCUUUAAAACUGAAAGAAAAACUGUGCUGAUGGACUGUGGCGUCUCCUCUUAAGUAUCCAAAUGGAAUACCAUGACGAAAAGCUGUCUCAUGGCUUCGUUUUCAUUCACCAUCUCUACUCGCCUUACUACCAAAUCUGUUAAUAUCGGGGAUCAGUUGAAAUACAACCUUUUAAAAUAAUAAUGAUUCGCACAGGUCGGACGAAUUUGGGUAAAAAUAGUUGCACACCUUGGGUACCACACUACAUGAAAGUAAAGGUAUGCGAUUAGUUUCUUUAAAGCCUAUCUGUACUAGUUUGGCCAGGAGGGAUUAGACCUCCCUGUAUGGUCACUGACAGGUGAUUAUCUCAUGAAAUCAGCUCGCAAUUAACAUAUGAAAAAGGGUACCGUGGGGGCACCAAUGGUCACCACUUAGGCAUUCUAUUGAUUACUUGUGUUAAUGCCUCUCGUUGCUGGUGGAAAGCAUUAUUACAGCAUCGAUGAACAAGAAUGAAUAAAUUAUCAAUUAUUAUUAUUA